UUAGAGCACUCAAGUCUCUCUGCCACUAGUCUUCAGACCUGGCAGGCUAGCCUAGACUUUUUCAGGCCAGGAGGAAGAGCAGCUUUGAUGGUAAUGCCUGGGGCCCCAGGUUGCUGGUCUCUCUAAAACAGUGCAGGGCAGUGAGCUCUCCAGGGGCCCUAGACAGGCAGGAGAGACACGCAAGGAAUCUGACUCCCACCAUCAUGCUGAAACAGAACAACGAGAGGAGAUGGUCCUUGAGCUACAAGCCCUGGAGUAUCCCAGAGACUGAGGGUGUGCCCAACACUGGGCGCAACCAACGCAGGAGCAUCUGCUCCUUGGGAGCCCGCACUGGCUCUCAGGCCAGCAUCGCACCACAGUGGAUCGAGGGCAACUACAAUUACUACAUUGAGGAAGAUGAGGACGGCGGGGAGGAGGGGGAGGACUGGAAGGAUGAUCUUGCUGAAGAGAACCAGAAGCCGGAGUGCCCCACAGGUCCCGUGGAUGGCCACCCUGACACUCCAGCCCAACUGUCCACACUGAAAGUGAAUGUAGGCGGCCACACCUAUCAGCUGGAAUGCUUUGAGCUGGCCAACUACCCCAAAACGCGCCUGGGCCGCCUGGCCACCUCCACCAGCCGCAGCGGCCAGCUGAGACUGUGCGAUGACUAUGAGGCACAGACAGACGAGUACUUCUUUGACCGUGACCCGGCGGUCUUCCAGCUCAUCUACAACUUCUACACAUCUGGGGUGUUGCUGGUGCAAGACGAGCUGUGUCCACGCUGUUUCUUGGAGGAGCUGGGCUACUGGGGCGUGAGGCUCAAAUACACGCCACGUUGCUGUCGCAUCUGCUUCGAGGAGCGGAGGGACGAACUGAGCGAGCAACUGAAGAUCCAACGGGAGCUGCGUGCGCAGGCGCAGGCCGAGGAAGCCGAGGAGCUUUUCCGGGACAUGCGCUUCUUUGGACCACAGCGUCAGCGCCUCUGGAACCUCAUGGAGAAGCCCUUUUCAUCCGUGGCAGCCAAGGCCAUGGGGGUGGCCUCCAACCUCUUUGUGCUCGUCUCCGUGGUGGCCCUGGCACUCAACACGGUGGAGGAGAUGCAGCACCAGGCAGAGCAAGGCGCAGGUGGUGGGGAUCCCAGACCCAUCUUGGAGCACGUGGAGAUGCUGUGCGUGGCUUUCUUCACUCUGGAGUUCCUGCUGCGCCUCGCCUCCACCCCCAACCUGCAGCGCUUUGCACGCAGCGCCCUCAACCUGGUGGACCUGGUGGCCAUUCUGCCUUUCUACCUGCAGCUGCUGGUCGAGUGCUUCACGAGCGAGGACCAGGGGCAUGGCAAGGGCUCCCCACGGGAACACGACCUGGAGACCGUGGGCCGCGUGGGCAAGGUGGGCCAGGUGCUUCGCAUCAUGCGCCUCAUGCGGAUCUUCCGCAUCCUCAAGCUGGCACGCCACUCCACAGGUUUGCGGGCCUUUGGCUUCACGCUGCGCCAGUGCUACCAGCAGGUGGGCUGCCUGAUGCUCUUCAUCACCAUGGGCAUUUUCUCCUUCUCUGCAGCUGUCUACUCGGUGGAGCACGACGUGCCUGGUACCAACUUCACCAGCAUCCUCAAUGCUUGGUGGUGGGCCUCGGUAAGCAUCUCCACUGUGGGCUAUGGAGACAUGUAUCCAGAGACCCACCUGGGCAGGCUUUUUGCCUUCCUCUGCAUUGCUUUUGGAAUUAUUCUCAACGGGAUGCCCAUUUCUAUCCUCUACAACAAGUUCUCCGAUUACUACAGCAAGCUCAAAGCUUACGAGUACACCGCCAUCCGUAGGGAACGAGGAAAGGUGAACUUUAUGCAGAGAGCCACAAAGAAAAUGGCUGAAUGUUUAUCUAAAAGUCAUGCACAGUCCACCAUGAGGCAAGAGAAUUAAGGCUUCAUUAGGACACAAGGCUUGUAGAACCCAUGAAUUUCAAAGUGUCAUUGCUUCUUUUAAAAUGAUGGUCUCCUCCCUGGCAGCAGAGGGGCAUGGCAAGCCGACACACACAAAGAGCAUUCUGCUCAAAGUUCUAACUCUUUAAGAAUGCUCAUUUGGGCCCAAACUCAAGAUGCUUCACAUCGCUCUUUAGCUAGAUUGUGUUUAUGUAUGAUGUCAAUACUGGAAAUGGCUCCAAGGAAGCAACUUCUUAGAUUUCUCUUUUAGCUUCUCAUGGCAUCUAGCUUGAUGCAUAUAUUUAGACUUGAAUUGACUGAAGAUGGUUUUUCCUAGUUCAAAGCAGGAGGAGGGGCUCUUAAUUUUCCAGAGAAUAGAGCAUCACAGCAGGAGCUGCAUAAGCUUGGAGUCAGACCAACCUCUCAGCCAGAAUCCCAGACCUACUGGAUGGAUGGUUUAUAGGAACUUACUUCAUCCUUCUGAGCCUUGGUCUCUUCAACUAUGAUAUAUACAAAGUCUUAAGGAUGAGUGUUGGGGUUGAACAUAAUGUAAGUGCUCUAUGCAUAGUAGCUGUCCAAAGUGUCUGAGUGGGUAUCACCUGAUACAUUCUCAGUGGUUUACAACCAAAGGCAGUUCUUCUCCCGAGGGCACAUUUGGAGAUGUUUUUGAUUAUCACUAUAAUUAAAAAGGACAAAGCUGGUUCCUAGCAUCUAGUAGAUUAGAGAGUCAUGGGAUUCUGUAGAUCCCUGCAGUGUACUGUAGCUUCUACCAGUACAAAUUACUAGAUGUCAGUAAUGCAGAUGUUGAGGAACCUCUGUCUAUGGGAACCCAAACUUGGUCCAUGAAAUUUUUCUGUGUGUCCAUGAAUUUCUCCCUCCCUCAAAAGGAGCCCCCACUGACCUCACCGUUAACUCAGACUUCCAUUCUUUUUGUUUCCCAGAAAAGGGGCGAGAGAGCAAAAGUGCCUUCUCAAUAAUUGCUGUAUGGCAAGCCCUGAGAGAAAGACCUCUCUAGACUGAGGGUUGAAAACCAGUGCCCCUUGGGUCAUUUCUCUUUUUGAGACCUUUCUUUUAAUUCUUUUCUGGGUCCACGGGGCUCCCGUAAAUUGAAGUCUUGAAAUUGAAGGCUCAUUUGAACAGAGCACACAGAGAUUUGCCCCCUAUAACUGGAGCUUGUGAUGCUAUUGAAUUCUUCUUAGGGUGUGACUGCCCCAUCUGGAUCAUAUAUAAGAAUAAUUGUGCUACUGACAGUGACAAAUGUUAGGGACUACACAUCUAGUCUGUAACUUCAUAUAACCCUCAAUACAUCCCUAAGUUAGAUACUGUGGUUGUUGUAUUUAAGGAGAAAUGGAGGCUUAGCGAUCCAUACACUCUCCUAGCCACUAAAAUAGUGGGACUGGGCUUUAAGCCUAGGUUCAUCUGAGGCACAAGACUCUGUUGGAAGUCUAAACAUGUGACUUUCAUACAUUAUGACAAAAGUGCCUGAAGAGUGGACAAAGUGUACUGUUCUGAGAUUACUAAAUCUAGGAGGUCAUAGCAUCAGUGCUGGUUAGUUCUCGUUGUCAACUUGAUACAACCUAGAGUCACCUGGGAAGUAGGAACCUCAAUUGAGAGAUUGCUCUGAUCAGAGUGAUCUGUGACCAUGGCUUUGUCUGUGAGAGGUUGUCUUGACUGAUGAUUGCAAGGAAUCUUGGCUUUGAUAAGUAAGCACUAGGACUUACAUAUGAUUAUUGUUUGAGGGCCUAGCCCACAGUGGGCGACAUCAUCCCUAGCAAGUGAGCCUAGGCUGUAUAAGAAAGCUAGAUGAAUGUGAGCCAGGGAACAAGCCAGAGAGUGAGCCAGCAAGCAUCAUUCCUCCAUGGUUUCUGCUUCAAGCUCCCGUCCUGAUUUCUCUUAAUGAUGAAUUUCAACCUAGACAUGUAAGAUGAAAUAUGCCCUUUCCUCCCCAGGUUACUUUUGAUCCUGGUGUUUCACAGCAACAACAAAUCAAAAGAGUGUCUUACUCUGUUUUGUGGGGCUGUCACAGAAUACUGUGAAUUGAUCAAUGUAUAUAGUGUUUAUUUCCCUCAGCUCUGGAGGUUAGAACUCUAAAAUCAAGACACGGGCAGGUUGGGAUGUAGGUUCAAGCUGCUCUCUACAGUCAAGAUGGUGCCUUUUUGGUGCAUUCUACAGAGAAGACUGUGUCCUAAAAGCAAAAGGCUCCUUCCGGUCUGGGCCAGAACACUGAGCAGAUCUUGGGUGGCAGCUC